CGUAUUCUCUUGGAAUCCCAUCUUGAUAACGGUGGUGUUGCGUGUUUUUUGCGACGUUGCACAAAGUCUGAUGCUGUCGGCUGAUACCGCGCAGCUAUCCUGAAGAGAAAGAAUGGCAUGCAAAUGGCUGGCUGAGUAAACAGAAGUCCCAGACAAUUCUUGAAAGGCCGCCCUCCAUUUCGGCUUAUUCGUUGGGUUAUAGCCGGCACGGUACGGCCCUCGCCUGAGAGGUUGUAGUGCUUCUGUGAGAAACUGAAUGAGGUAAGUGAUCAGCAACUUGUCAGAGCUGAGCUCACUAGGUGUAAACCCGAUUGAGGAGGUUGCUAGUCUGACAAGAGAGGUCGCAUUGCGUCCAAUAAAAUGCUGGAUCCGGUAGAGGAUCAGCAAUUCGGUGAGCUGAGCUCACUUGUGAUCAAAACAACCUCGAGCGGGGCUUUGACAAUGACAGACUAGCUGAGGUGCUUGGUGCUCAAGAAGUAGCCAUUGGUCACAAGUCAAGAAUGAUCUACCUGGCACGACAGUAACGAGACUCGGACUCUGACUCCACGAUCAAAUUGUUGAUUUUGCUGGACAUUAGAGCACUCCGACUGAUAGAUCAUCGAUUUACCUGCUGCUUCUCUUCUAUCAAGCUAGGCAAGAUGGUAUCAUCGCUGGUUCCCCAGAACCUCUGGCACCGAGACCGUCGAGGCGGAGAUGCUGGCAGAGAGCGAGAGAAAGACCCAGUUCGUUAUGGUCUCAACUCCAUCAGUGACUCAGUUAUCGGCCAAGCAGUCGCGAAGCUAAGAUUUAACAAAGAUGGAGCUGAGAAAGGUGGAAAUGGCUUCUUUGUCAAUAUCCCUGGCCAGGACAAAGCCAUCAUCUUCACAGCAGGCCACAACCUUAUGGAUGAAAACGGAAAAAGAACGCAAAACCUUCGAGCCUGGUGGUCUGACCUCGGGGAGCAACACAAAGGGGUCGAGAUCCAGGAGAGUGAUACUCGAGUUAGCAAAGUCUUUUCGACCAAGCCUAACGAAGAGUCUGCCAUUGAUGAUUUUGGUAUCAUCAUGAUUCCCAAGAACAACAACCCUCCACCUCCCAGGACAGCAUUUGGAUUUGCUUUGAGACUUGCCGAGGAAGAAAGGCUGGAAGGUAUAUGCAACAUCUCCAGCUAUUUGACCACGGCGAAGCCUGGAGAGCCGCCUACACGCAGUACGGGACGCUUCGUCAAUCCUAUACUGAAACAGCAUCAGCUCGAGUAUCUGACAUAUACUGAGGCUGGUGUAAGUGGUUCCGUGGUCUGGACUGGGUACAAUGGAGCUCCUGUAGCAGUGGCUAUACAUAACUACGGUCCGAAGCGAAAGAGUCCCAAGUACGGCAGUCGUGGUUCUCGUAUAGACAUGAAAAUGAUGCGGGAGAUCAUGGAGUGGACCGGCGUCUACAAAAGGGCCGUUGCCAUCAUAGCCCAACCCUUCGGCAAGAAACAGCAAGCUUCCCCAUUACCAUUGCCACUCUGCAUGGCCUGGUCCGAACAAGACAAAGUUCUCCGCGUUCAUGUCCAAGACGACACCGAACCAACCGUAGAAGAAGCAACAUUCCAAGCCCUCCCGGUGUUUUCCGCUGCAAUGCUCCUCGGAAAAGAGCCCAAAGAGGAAAUCGGCUUCGCACAGAUUGACAAGAGACCCAACGCUGCAAAGGACGCGAUGCGCUGGGUGUCGUGGAACUUUGACCGGAAUAGCGUUAGUUUUGCUAGUGCCUUGAGUAGAGCGCGGUUGGUCAAGUGGGAUGUAAAGGGGCCGUGGGAGGGGAAAAUGGCGGGGAUGACGUUCAGUUGGGGCGAUGGGAUUCGAGAGGUUGUGUUUCGGGUUGAUGAUGAGGUUGUGAAGAAUUGGGAGCUCAGUCUUCCUGAUACUGAGUACACCGGUAUUGCGUAUCAAGACAAAGGGGAUGCGAAGUUCCAGAAUUGUUAUAAGAGAUUUAUCAUGCAAGAUGUUUAGGCGGCUCAGGGGCUCUCUCUAUGUCCAUUUACACUUAUCGUCACUUUUUUUUUUUACAACUUUACUAAGCUUCUAC